CCAAAAUCCCCUUAAGGCUUAAACCCCCUUUCGCCGCUCGACGCCCAUAACUCCCUUUUUUCGAUAUUUAUUCCCCUUUUUCCCCCUUAUCCAAAUGCUUGAAAUUUUCCAUACCACCUUUUCUCCCUGAAACCGUUUCAUCAAAACAUUUAUUUUAUUUUUUUAAUUUAUUUUUGUUUUUACAAAAUGGCCGAAACAGUGGUGGUGGAUCCACCGCCACCACCGGAAAGGCUUCCGAACGGCGGCGUUUUGGGGGGGCAUGAUUUCAACGGCCUAGCAAUUCCACCCCUGGAUCAUACCUUUUUGUCCCAGGAUAUUACCUUAGGGGAUGCUAACGGGCAAAGCUUUGAUCCCUUUGAUCAAAACGGCAACGACGACGUCGUAUUUGAUGACUUCGAUUUCGACUUGGAUUUCUCCUUCGACGAUCUCUUGCCGGCUGGGGCUGGGGCUCCCCUUCCGGACCCGGAUCAGUUUGAUUCUGAUUGUUUCCUGUUGCAUGGGUCCGACCCGAACUUGAGUCAAAUUCCCCCUGAUCGGAGUUUGAAGAAUGUUGCUAGGGCCUUCAAAACGACGUCGGCGGAGUUUGCUCAUGUUUCCGGCGAGAAUUGUGUACCUGGUGAAGGGCUGAUUUCUAAUCCGUCUUCGUCGCUGGAACCGGAGGUUUGUCAGGUGUCGAGCGAUCAAGUUUCUGGUGAUCGGAGCUCCGGGAUGAAUCUGAGUUCAUCAGGUGAUCGGGGACAUGAUGUCUCCGGGUAUUUGAAUGUGCCGUCGCCGGAGUCAAAUGGGUCAAAGGGGUCGAAUGAUUCGAGGGAUUGUCCCUCGCCCGAGUCUCAGGGUUCCGGCAAUAAUUGCCGCUCCAAUGUUUCCGAGGACUCCAAUAGAUCGGUGAGUUCUUCUUCUAAUUUUGGAAAUAAUUCAGUGAAAAAUGGAGUUGUUGAUAAAAAAAUAAAGUUCGAAGAAUUUAAUUGUAAAGUUAACAAUAAAUCAUUGUUGAAAAGGAAAAAAGAAGGCGAAGAUGUCAAUAACGUUGAAUCGAGGACGAAUAAAUUUCAAAAAUCCAGUGUUAAUUUGGCUAGUAAUGCUGAGAAUAGUAAUAGCAAUAACAAUAACAAUAUUUUGAGUGAAGAAGAUGAGAGGAGAAGAGCUAGGUUAAUCAGGAAUAGAGAGAGUGCUCAGUUGUCACGGCAAAGGAAGAAGCAUUAUGUUGAGGAAUUGGAAGAUAAGGUGAAAAAUAUGCAUUCUACAAUUCAAGAUCUGAAUGCAAAAAUUACAUAUUUUAUGGCUGAAAAUGCCACCUUGAGGCAGCAAUUGGGUGGUGGCGGGGUGGCUCCACCUCCAAUGGCGCCUCCACCACCUGGCGUGUACCCACCAAUGAUGUACCCGUGGAUGCCAUGUGGCGUUCCACCCUACAUGAUGAAGCCACAGGGAUCGCAGGUGCCAUUGGUUCCGAUUCCAAGGUUGAAAUCCCAGCAACCUGCUCCUGCCCCGAAAGGAAAUAAGAAGGCGGACAGUAAGAAGACUGAAGGGAAGACUAAGAAGGUUGCAAGUGUUAGUUUCUUGGGAUUGUUGUGUUUUGUACUACUAUUUGGUGGAUUGGCUCCCAUGGUGAAUGUGAGGUAUGGGGGUGUGAGGGAGGCUUUUUCUGGUGGAAAGGAUUACAUUGAGAAUCAGUUUUAUGAGAAACAUCAUGGCAGAGUGUUGACCGCAAGUGGGAAUUUGACUGAUAGUGAUUAUGGUGGAAAAUUUGGUGGUGGAAAAGAUUAUAAUGAAAAAGGGAUUAAGCUCAAUGGUACUGAGCCUCUUGUGGCCUCGCUGUUUGUUCCAAGGAAUGACAAACUUGUGAAGAUAGAUGGAAACUUGAUAAUUCAUUCUGUUUUGGCUAGUGAGAAAGCCAUGGCGUCUCGUAAAGAUGCUGCAAGUGAAGUGGGUGGUGAGACUCGGCUUGUACCAGUUUCGGGUGGAAGACCUGCUCACCUCUAUAGAAGUUCAACUGAUCGACAGAGGGCUCUUGGUUCUGGUUCUGUUGGGAGUGACAAUUUGAAAUCACCAGCAGCUGAUGGCAGAUUGCAGCAGUGGUUCCGUGAGGGCCUUGCUGGUCCAAUGUUAAGUUCAGGAAUGUGCACUGAAGUGUUCCAGUUUGAUGUGUCUUCAGCUUCGGGCCCAGGAGCCAUUGUUCCAGCUACUUCUGCAAGGAAUGUCACUGAGAAGCAAAGCCGGAAUUCUACAGAUCUCAACAAAGGAAGGAAUAGAAGGAUUCUCCGUGGUGUUCCUAUUCCCCUUCCUGGGUCGUCUCACAACAUAUCUGAAGAUGUAGGAAGGACCUCAAAGAAAGAGAACUUUAGCGGAAAUAACUUGCUUUCACCAAUGGUUGUUUCUGUGCUCGUGGAUCCUAGGGAGGUAGGUGAUGCAGAUGUUGAUGGUGUGAUGGGAGCAAAAUCCCUCUCUCGGAUUUUUGUUGUUGUGCUGAUAGACAGUGUCAAAUAUGUCACUUAUUCAUGCAUGCUCCCAUUCAAGGGAGCCGGUCCUCAUCUGGUUACUACCUGAAGAUGGAAGUAGAGCUCCAUGGUGAUAGUAAUAGACUAUAGACAUCAUAUUAAUCAGUUUUGUAGAUAGCUAAAGCUAUGUAAUUGUGGCAGGUAAGAUAGCUAUAGCUUGAACUUUUGAAUAAGCUAACCUCUUUAUGAGACUGGACAGUGUAAUUUUCUACUAUUAGGAUGAUACAUGCAGUACUUACAAUUUCAGUGAUCCUUUUA